GUCAAUAAUUGUAAAUCAGACAUGUACACACCGAUAAAUAAUAAUGAAAUUAGAGCCAAGUAGGGGGAUCCACAGCAGGUCCAGGAUAAGCUGACUGCAGGACCAUGUUUAAGCUCAAAGACGUCCUGAUUUUUGAGGAUCCAUGAAAGCACUUUGUUUUGUGUCAGAGAUCGUUCAGUUGUUAUGGAUCAACAAUUUAACACCAACAGAGAAAAGAGAUCUGUGUGUUUCCAGAUCAUGUGAGUGUGUUGCUCUCGAGGUCUCUAACAAAGUUAAGAAACGUCACAAUGUUCAGGAGAUCUGUGACUACUCAUGAUCUGAUCUCAUGUUCACUUCUGCCUUUGGAGUCAACAGACUCAGGGUCUGCUGCUGGGCUCCACAGGCAAUGUCUCUGUGUUGGUUCUCUGGUUUCUGGUUUCUGGUUUUUCCCUCCACACUUUAACCUCUGCCGCAGCCCAGGACCUCAGCAUGCAUGAGUCGCAUGCUGAUGACGCCACUGCACGGUUAGGUCACACUUGAAAAAUGAAUUUUCAUUUUUCAUCUUGGUUGUAGCUUUGUUUGGAACAUUUCAUAACGCGUGUCUUUAUUUAUCAUUUAACGUUACAGUCAGUGUUGGCUGAGAAACGUUAACGUGCUGCCACAGACUGACGUCAGAUAAUGACAGACGCUGCUGCAGAGUGACAUGAUGAAGCUCAGGUGUUGGGGCCUCCAAAAUGUGGAGGGGCUGUCCGUGGUAAUCCAGUUUCCCUCUCCACUGAGCCUGAACAGACCAGAAGAUCUUCUAUCCAGUAAUGGUGCAAAUGAAGAAUGACCAGCUCUAGAGCUCAAUUGUUGUCAGCCACACCAUGUUCCUUCAUUACCGUGAACACAGAUGGCUUGAGAGUUCCUCAGGAUCAUCCACCAGGAGGAGCCAGGAGACGUUACUGCAGAAAGAGACUACCUUCCUUAGGCUGCUGCCAUCAUGAGCUGUCCCAAGAUAAACACCAGAAACCAGAUAGAGGGAUGAAUGAUUCUACCAGGCCUGAUUUGGACCACAGUCCAUCCAACAAAACAGGAGUCUCCAAUGCUCCCAUACCCCACAAAUCACCUUUAUUGCCUGGGGCUAGACGCAUUCAGCCCUCACCACAGCUUCAUCAUUCCAGAACUCCGUUGCCAAGCAAUGGUGAGGCUGGCAGCAGACACGCUAAGUACAACAGGGAUGCUGCAGAUAGGAUAAGAGGAAGAGGGGGAGGAGGGAGGAGUGUGGACAUAUCUCCUGCCUCCAACAGCCAGCAUUCUACAGCUGACAUGAUCACUUACCGGACUCACGGCAUCCAAAGAGGAGAUAUAAAAAUGCUGUCUACUCAAACAGCUGAAGCUUGCACGGUACAGGAAAAAAAAAACACGAGCUCACAGCCGACGAGUCCUGGUGGAGCAGACCAGGAUAACAUCAACCUCAGGUUUCUGAGCAAUGGAAGAAGCUCCCAGACAAACAGCCUCAGCCUCAACAUCAUCAAAAACAUUGCCUUCCUGUACCAGGAAUAUCGGGACACCUCCAAGCAGCAGGAGAUUGAGCAACGACGGCAACGUGAGAACCUUUCCCCUACAGAGAAUGUGGUGGCAGGGUCCGGUGUCAUGUCCCCCCCAGCGUUACAGCUGCAGCUGAGGAACAGCGCUCGCUCACUGAGCUUGUGGCAGAAUCUGGAAGCUGUGCAGGCCAGCGGCCUUCUCACCCAGCUACCACAGAAAGAAAUCAUAAUGCAAGAGGCCAUGUUUGAGCUUGUUACCUCAGAAGCAUCCUACUACAAGAGUUUGGAAAUUUUAGAGACUCACUUCCUGCGUAACCCUGUUCUGUUCAACACUCUCAGCCAAUCCGACAUGCAUUUUUUGUUCUCCAACAUUGAGGAAGUCAUGAAAGCCAGUGAAAGGUUCCUGAUGGAUCUUGAACACCGAAUUGAGGAGUCCAUUUUGAUUUCUGAUGUGUGUGACAUUGUUCACCACCAUGCUGUGCAGCACUUCAAUGUCUUCAUCAAAUAUGUCAUCAACCAGGCAUACCAGGAAAAGAACUACAGACGCAUUUUAGAGGGAAACCAGGCAUUUCGGGAGGCCAUGGCAGCACUGGAGAACCAUUCAAGUGUCAGGGGACUGUCCUUCACCUCGUUCCUUAUUCUUCCUUUCCAGAGAAUCACAAGGCUCAAACUGCUAGUGCAAAAUAUCCUGAAAAAAGCAGAGGAAAACUCAAAGCUGGAAGCAAAUGCUAUAAAAGCACAUCAGCAACUGGAGCAGAUUGUGAAAGAGUGUAACGAGGGAGUGCGUAAAAUGGGUCGUACUGAAGAGCUCAUCAGCAUUGAGAAAACACUGGAGUUUAAAUCCAAGUCUGUGCCCAUCAUUUCCCACUCGCGCUGGUUGCUAAAGAAGGGUGAAGUGCAGCUAAUGUCUGGACCUAAGAGCACAAGGACCAUGCGGAGUCGUAAGAUGUACCAGCCUCUGUACCUCUUCCUUUUUAACAACCUGCUGCUGGUCACCAAACGAAGCUCCAGUGGGGACAAGUUCCAGGUUCUUGACUCAUGCACACGGGCCAUGUUGAGGACAGAAGAUCUUGAAGACCAGGGCCAGCUAUUGGCCAAUGUCUUUAAUCUUAGGCUGCUUGAGAACCAAGAGGAGCGUCCAGUCAACUACAUGCUCAAGACCUCUAGCAUGAGUGAUAAGCUUCGAUGGGUGUGUGCUCUCACUCCUAACCGGCGCACACGCUUUAUGUCUACUAGUGCCCAUCAACCAGACUCUCCACAGGUGCAAUGUAUUCAGUCAUACUCAUCUCAGGAGCCAGAUGAACUGUCCAUUGAGAUGGCCGAUGUUUUGAACCUCCUAGAGAGAACAGAUGACGGCUGGAUGAUGGGUGAAAGGCUCCAUGAUGGUGAAAGGGGCUGGUUCCCUAGUCGAGUAGUGGAGGAGAUUCACAGCAAAGAGGUCCGAACUCAGAACCUGAGAGAGGCCUUCAGGAUUCAGCAUGCCCAGGAAACUGGAGGAGCCCUACAAACUGGGGCCAGGAGUGGUGUAAGGGCGGCGAGACGUAUCCCAAAGGCCUCCAACUUCUCCAAUACUUGGAAUGAAGAAAUGGGGGAAAGCAGUGAAGGAAAGAAGUAAAUCAGUAAUAGUGAUGACUGUCACCAUUCAGAGCUAUAUGCACUAAGAGAAAAAUAAUCAGAGUACAUGUGACUUAAUCCCUAUACUCUGACAUCUUGUCACUUUGAUUUGAACUUGGAUGUUAUAGUGGUUUUAGAAACCCCAGUUUUGGUUCUCUGUGAUCUGAGACAAAUGAUCAAGUAAAAAAAAAACAUGCUGCAUGUUUAAUAUUAACGUGUGCUGAAGGUGUUCUGUUGGCCCACACACUGGUGGUGUGUAAUGCAUGGAACAAAACUCUUUGGUUGGUCAGGAGUUGUGUGUGAGGAUGGCAAGAACUCCGAAGUUCUCAUUCAGCUGCAUGAGCAAGUUUUCAAACUUUAAAUGUUCAUUUCAUUGUAAAAUACUUCCAUUACCCACAACUACAACACAAAGUCAGGCAUCGACUCAUCACUCAUGAUUAUUAAAAUUGUUAAUGAAUAUUAAAAUAAGUGAGCCAGCUACAGCGAUAUUCCAUCCAUUAACUCCAUACUGUAGACAGACUUGAUUGAAGGUUGCUCCAUGUUGCAGUGGUAGUCAACUUGGCUUCACAGCAGUUAGAUCAGAGUCAGUGUCAGCUACACACAAUCAUCAAACACACACCAGAUAGCCAAUAUAUUCUCCCUAGGGUUGCUACAUGUACUGUAGAAAUAGCAUAUUACAUGUUUUAAAAUAUACAUGCUACAAUGGAAGUGACUCAAGUCAUGCACAACACAUUACACAACCAAAGCAAACCUACAGCCUACUCACCUCAGUUUAUUUAAGUCCAACAAGCUUUACAUGUCUCUUCCAUCAAACUCUCACACAUGGUAAGACUCUUCUUCCCCAGCUCCUUCUCUCCUUUCACUUCUGAAAUCCAUUUAUAAAAAUGUACACUGCCCAUCCAAAAAAAAAAGUCACCACGUGGAUCUGAAACUAAGUACACCAGUAAGAGCCUUCCAUUGGAUAAUCACUGCAGUGAUAUAUAUAUUUCAGCUAGCAACAAGUUAUUUAACCCUAUCUGAUGCUGUGAGUAGCUUCUCCAUUUUUAAACAACCAUGUCAGAAGACAUAUUCUGUGGACGUGGAAAGGAUGUUAAUCAGUUUCAGAGGCGUCAAUGAUUGGCCUGCAUCAAGCAAAGAAAACAACUAAGGAGAUUUCUGAAUCUACUAAAAUCAGAUUAAGAACUGUCCAACACAUCAUUAAAACCUGGAAGGAUGGUGGUGAACCAUCAUCUUGGGCACAUCAGGGUAAGAAGAGAGGCGGAUGAAGUGAUGCACCCAUCAUGCCUAGUGCCCACCAUACAAGCCUGUGGCGGCAGUGUUAUGACCUGGGGUUGCUGCAGUUAGUCAGGUCUAGGUUCAGCAAUGGUAUGUCCUUAAAGAAUGAGGUCAGUUGACUACAUGAAUAUACUGAAUCAAUCAAUCAAUGGAUUUUUUGCUUCCCUUAUGGCACGAGCAUAUUCCAAGAUGACAAAGCCAGGAUUCAUCAGGCUCAGGUUCAGGGAGCAUGAGAUGUCCUUUUUACACAUGGAUUGGCCAAUACAGAGUCCAGGCCUCAGCCCCAUUGAGAAUCUAUGGGAUGUGCUGGAGAAGACUUCACACAGCGGUGUGAUUCUCCCAUCAUCAUAAGAUCAUGGCGGAAAAUAAAUGCAACUCUCGAUGGAAAUAAAUGUUGUGACAUUGCAGAAGCUUAUUGAAACAAUGCCACACCAAAUGCUCAAAGCUAAAGGCGGUCCAACGAAAUAUUAGAGUGUGUGACUCUUCUUUUUUGGAUGGGCAGUGUAUUUUGGAUAUUCCUGCCCAGACAUGUAUUCAGCAUGUCAAAAUGUCACAUGAUAAAAUAAACACCAGACACUGGACAACAGUAUUUCUCAGCGAUCACUGCGUAUGAUGAAGUAAAUCAUAAAUUCAUUUAUUUUUUUAAUAACUUACAGAGUAAAUUUGCUGAAAUACAGAUAAUAGGAUGUAAUUAUGUGUACUUGAAGAGGUAAUGACAGUCAUGGCAGACCUGGGUUACCUUAUUUGAAGGAAUAUCAACAAAUAUUCCACCAAGUGAAACCUGGAGUGAGAUUACACUUCAUGUGCACAACAGCUUCAUUCAUUUGCAGAGGGAAGAGGUUCGCUAUGCUAUGGCAGCUAAUAUUUACUGUCAUGGCACAGAUAGUGUUGAUUAAGCCAUUUAUGUUCAGAUCUCUGGGAUUUCAUUAAACCAGUGCACCAGCGAGCCACAUAAACAGAAUGCCUUUGCUUAUCAGCACAACAGCAUUCUGACUCCCUGCAGGUCACACACUCGACUGUGUGGUCAGCAUGCUGAGGACCCCUGCUUUCCUUGAUAUAGGCUCAUUCAUUGUCCUUUGUGGGGCAACAAAUAAAUUCCUUCUUUUAUAGUGUAAAGUACCAUAAUUGUGCUAACUGUAAAUAAGCUGCAUUUAGCCGUAGUUCUCCACUAUGCUGCAUGGGCCUCAUUAAAGUUGCAGCAGGCAACAUUUGAACAUACACAGUAAACCUCACCAGGAUGAUGUGUUUUCUUCUUCAUAUACAGUAGCAUUGUCAGCAAAGGAGAGACAGUUAGUUUUAUUUGGAAAGCUCCCACUGAAACAGAACACUGAAGAUAUUGA